GCUCCUCUUUCCUGGGCAGUCAGAGGUAGACAUGGUUGCCUGGGCCAAUGGAGAGUAAGCUUGAGAGAAUGUCCUUAAUAAUUUCCCCAAUGGGAAGGAGUUUUGUUUUCCCUGUCUCUUAGGAGACCAGGCUAACAGGUCACUGGAGAAUAAGUGUCAGUACCAGGGCCUCCGGAUGCAAGACUGCCUUCUCAGAGACAGGCCAUGGACACAGUGUGUAUUGCGGUCGUCGGAGCUGGCGUGAUAGGUCUGUCUACUGCUGUGUGCAUUUCUGAGAUGGUCCCCCGAUGUUCUGUCACCGUCAUCUCAGACAAGUUCACUCCUGAAACCACCAGUGACGUAGCAGCUGGGAUGCUUAUUCCUCACAGGUAUCCAGAAACCCCUGUGUCCGUGCAGAAGCAGUGGUUCAGAGAGACCUUCCAGCACCUGUUCGAAAUCGCCAAGUCUGCAGAAGCCGCGGAUGCUGGUGUCCACCUGGUGUCGGGUUGGCAAAUAUUUCGGAGUGUCCCCACUGAAGAAGUGCCUUUCUGGGCGGAUGUUGUUCUGGGAUUUCGAAAGAUGACAGAGGCUGAGCUGAAGCGGUUCCCUCAGUAUGUAUUUGGUCAGGCUUUUACAACCCUGAAGUGUGAGACUUCUGCCUACCUCCCGUGGUUGGAGAAAAGGGUAAAGAGAAGUGGAGCUCUGCUGCUCAGCAGGAGAGUAGAAGAUCUGUGGGAGCUGCAACCCUCCUUUGACAUUGUGGUCAAUUGCUCGGGCCUGGGAAGCCAACAGCUUGUGGGCGACUGCACGGUUUCCCCUGUAAGAGGCCAAGUGCUCCAGGCUCAGGCCCCCUGGCUGAAGCACUUCAUCCGAGAUGGGGGUGGGCUGACGUACAUUUACCCUGGUACGUCCUACGUGACCCUGGGAGGAACCAGACAAAAAGGAGACUGGAAUCUAUUCCCAGAUGCAGAACUUAGCAAGGAGAUUUUUUCUAGAUGCUGCGCUCUCGAGCCUUCCCUCCAGAGAGCCUGCAAUAUAACGGAGAAAGUGGGCCUGAGGCCCAGCAGGCCAAGUGUGUGUCUGCAGAAGGAGACCCUAGUCCAGGGGGAACAGAGCUUGCCUGUGGUCCACAACUAUGGCCAUGGGAGUGGGGGCAUCUCAGUGCACUGGGGCUCUGCUCUGGAGGCCACCAGAUUGGUGAUGGAAUGUGUCCACACUCUUAGGACCCUAGCUUCUGUGUCAAAGCUGUAG